AUGCACUCCUCCUCCCGUCCCUCUGUUCCUGCAAGGCCUCGCCGCUUUGAAACCAACAGACAGGCAGACCCAAAGACGCAUGGUCCAGGUGCCAGGAGGGAAGACAAAAAUAUGAACACUUCACUCAACACAGCGACCUCUUCCACCCGUCGGGUCACUCGAGGUCCCCCUGAGUCUUCCAGGUUCCGUUCGGGAGCCCAAGCUGGCCGUAACACUACAGUCAAACCUACAGUAGCCCGGCAACAGAAAAACACAACUCAGUCAAGUGCAGCCAAUCCAAAGCCCAAGAGCAGACAGGCCGUGUCCAACUUGCCUCCUGUUCAGCUGCAGCUGCAGCAGCCUUCCAUACCCCGCAAAGAGGAGGAGGACUGGCAGCGGAAGCCAGUGGUGGAGAACAAAGCUGAGACGAACCCAGAUCGUUCCAUAGAGGUAACAAAAGAGGCAGUGAAAGGCCCAAAAGGCCCAGUCGCUCAGGUUGAUAAAAAGAAGGAAGAAAUCUUAGUGGCAGAAGACAAAGAAAGGGUGGGAGAAGAAGACUCUGACGUUGAAGUCCCUGUUGCCCCAGGUGUAGAUCCCAAUGGAAACAAUCAGGUGUCAGUGGAAGAUGAAGAUGAUGGGGAUGAUGAUGAUGAUGACGACACUCUUGUGCCGUCCUGUUGUGACUGUCCAGCGUCCAUGCUGGAGUUCUCCUUGUCCUCCUCCACCUCUUCCUCGUCCACCUCCAUAAGUAGCUGCUCUGACCUGGAGCUGGACUGUCCUGAUACAUACUCACUAUCAUCUCAAGACCAGGACGCCCCAGAGCGGUACCCAUCAGCACGUUCUUCUACUGCCCAGCCUCAUAUCCUUCCACUCGACCCUAAUGUCCCCUCGGGUCAUCCUAUGUCCCCAUGCUCCCCGGAUGAAGGUUACCCAUCCGCUCCAUGCUCUCCCUCAUCUGAUUUUUCAGACUGCAAAGAGGAAACAGAGCAAUUUGGCACAAAGCCUGGUUUGUUAAACUUUUUGGAUUCCAUGGAUGAACUGGGGAAAAUGGAUCGGUUCUAUCAUGUUGUUCAAGUGGUGUGUUGGGAGCUGGAUGAUGAAAUGGGCCUGAGAGAUCGUCUGGACCACCUGUACAGACUCGAGAAGGUGAACCGGCAGGUGAAACUGUUCCAUCUGGCGAAGCUUCAAGAAGCAGGACUGGACCUGGAAGAUGAGGACAUCUCUGAUGUGUUGGACGAGAUGGGGAACAUCGACAUUCCUUGGAAGCUGUACAAAGGCGAAAGCUCAUGUGAGUCCCAGGAAUUUUCCGACGCUGGGGUGGACGUCAGUGGCCCCUCGGAUUUGGAUGACCCGGCGGUCCCAGACUCUCUGAGCUCCUCACCCCUGGAGCCGCCCCCUCGUCCACCCAAGCCUCCAGUGAGACACUGUUGUCGGCUCACCAUCUCCUUCCUCACAUUUGAUCAAGAAACCUAUUCCCGAUCCUCCUCCCCUGCCACCACCCCCCUCUCAGGCCAUACCCUACUUCACCCUCUACUCUGCCAGCUCCUGUGCCCCUCCCCCACACCCCCCAUCCCUCCCCCCAGGACCCGUCACCUUGCACGUCGGGAGGCGCUCAGGUGCGCCCAGCUUCAGGCCGAGCAGUCACCCAUGUCUCUCCCGCCCCCCACCUCCAAACCCCCUCCUCUCCCUCCUCCUCCUGCCCUGCCCUCCCCACCCAAAAUCCCCCCGCCGCCACCCUCACUGCCUCCUCCGCCUUCCUUCCACGCCCUGGACGUGGAGAUCCAGAAGCUGCUGGCACUGGCUGGCCUCACCCAGGCGGAGCUGUUGAAGCUGAGCCCGGAGCUGGGGGUCUGUGUCAGCGGGGUCCUCGACAGCAGCCAGGGAGAGGAGGAGGAGAAGAGCAUAGUUGCCCCUGGGCCUGAGCCUCAGCCAGCCAGACUAUCUCGGAGUGGAGAAAACACGAAGAUUGGUGGAGACAGAGUGAGCAAGUAUGAACCGAAAGGAAUGAAGGGGGCUUGGAUAGAUGGAUGGGGGGAGGCAGAAAAGUUUGGCGAACACAGAGGAACUGACAUGUCUCCAGGAAAUGACACGUAUGGAGAUAGAACACGAGAGGCAAAGAGGGAUGCCCUCAGAACAACCUCAUUCACAGAGAUGGCCAGGAGACGGAAGCAAAAUGGUAGCAGCACUAACUCCAGCUGCAGCUGUGGAUACGGUGUUAACACUAGCCUGAGUACUGAUGCCUAUUACAGCACUGAAAUCAGCAAUGCAAACAGCACUAAUGCCACCUUUGACAACUUUGACUACUCAUCUGAGUUACCUGACACGCCUCCCCCACCACCUCCCCGCCCUUUGCCCCCGUGUCCCCCCGUGACAUCGAAACCCCCUGAGCUUCCUCCAGUGAUGCCCUGCACUGUCCCUGCCAACGCAUCCCGGCCUGACCGCUUUGACUGGCUCAUUGCCUUCACCCCGGACACAGAGGCCUCUCCGUGGGAGCUGAGGAAGUGCACCAGCGGGGUCGUCCUGCCCAAGGUCACAUUGGGGUCAAAGGUCACAACCUUCAAAGAGCUGCGAAACCGAAGUAAGCAGAGCUCCCUGCCGGCUCCAGCUGAGCCUGAGCCGGAUCCGACUGUGACAACACCGGACCCGGACUUCCUGUACAACCUGAAGUGGAGGCGGGGAAAGAAUGGUGGGGACGGCAGUCAGUGGGAGUACACCUCUCAGGCCGAGGCCUCCUUCCUGAUGCCACCGCCCACACCCGCCUCACUGUCCCUCUUCAGGGAGAUGCGUCACCUCACCCUCGAGGGGGACGGACAGGCAGAGCCCCACCCCUCGCAGCGGAUUGGCUGCUCUGCCAGCGAGGGGAACCUGUGGAAUAUGGGAGCUGAACGGGCGGGGGAUGGGAAGCGAAGGGAAGAGGAGGAGGAAGUGCAGGUGAGAGGAAGAGCCGAUGGAGGGAGAACCUUGGAGUCGAGAACAACAGUGUCCUCGCCCCCCCUCUCUCUCGCCCGUCCCCAAGCACCCCCCUCCGCGUACUUCCUGCACUCCUACCCCAUGCCACCCCCCCUCCUGACGGGCAGAAACAGCCUCUACAGGGCCCAGCCUGGAAGCUCUGCUCGCGGACAGGCAGACCUUGAAACCAAAACAUGUCCAACCUCCGACUGUGUUAGUCAGACCUACUCUGAUUCUCUCUACUGCUCUGAUUUGAACCACAAUGUAGAUGACUCUGUUUUCUUGAAUGAAGACAUCAACAGCGACAUAGAUUCACUCUACCUCCACAAUACAGUUUCUAAAAGUAAUCUUGAUUCUCUGUACUGCAGUGAAAGACCUACUACUAAUAAGAUUGAUAGCGACUCCCACAGUAAUAUGAAUAGCUUGGUCUCCACAGAUUUAAGUUAUAAUGUAGACUCUCUGUAUUAUCCUCAGAAUAAGGGAAAGACAUCUGACUCCAAAAACAUUGGAGAAGACAUAUGUAAUGAUGGCAACACAACUCCAUACAAAAACAUUGAGAUGCUAAAAUAUGCUAAGACACAAAAGGCCCCAAGCUACCCACUCUCAAACAAGCAGAUCAACUCUGAUUCACAGCAUGUGAUGACGCUCCACCGGAAGAGUGACUCAGGCAUCCCAUGGGACUUGUCUUUAGACCAGAUGACGUCCUUGGGCUCUGCAAGAGUAAAACAGCCCCCACCCCUACCCACCUGCUACCUCUACCACCCCAAAAACUGCCCUCUGCACAAAGGUGCUCCUCCCCGCCUCUCCCCCGUAGGCGCGAUCUCGCCCCCUCACAGGUCUGGGCUCCCGGGUCCAGGGCUGGACGCGUCCGGCUUGUGCUCGCCACUCUUCCCCCGCAGUCACACGCUCCCUGCCCUAGCUGCCCCACUCUACUACCCCUACCUCUACACGCCCCCCAUCAGGGCUCCGCUGCAGGAGCCCCCCACUCCCAAUCUCCCCCAGCAGGCACCACCACGUCCAUCAUGUGCUCUGACAGUUCGCAGUCUCUCAUUCGCUGGGUCUGUACAAAAGGCUGGGGCCUGGAUGGGCGAUGAUGAUGAUGCAAGCUCCGCCUUGAGAGGUUCAAGCCUGUCCUCUCAAUGCCUGCAGGAGAAAAGAGCUCUGGUCAGUGCGGUCAGCCUGGCAGUGGAGGCUAUCCUGGCUCAGUUCAGCUCCUCUAGGACUCUGGUGCAGAAGUCCCUCUCGGUAGAUAAGGCACUCUCUGGGGACAGUAGUAUAAACCCAACGCUGGGCCGACUGGUGCUGCAGUGUCUGUGCCCAUCCCUUCGCAGCCUGCUGUCCGACGGACUCAAGCCCCACCAAAGUGACCUGAUCGCAGGCAGGAGGCCAAAUUCACCUUGGGGACUGGUGCAGGCCUCCACCAAGCCAGGCCCCAGGACCCAGGGCCUGCACAGCCUGCAGGCUAGAGUGGCUGACCUGCCCCAGCUGAGGCAGAGUGGACACAGGUUCAACGCCUUUCUGCUCGGCCUCCUCAACACCAAACUGCUGGAUUAUUGGAUCUCCCAUCUGCAGACAUGUAGUGACGUGUUGUUGACAUACUAUCGUCCAAACUCCUUCAUGAGGUUGUCGCUCACUUCCUGCCAGCCUCUCUUUGAAGAGCUCCUCCUCCUACUCCAGCCUCUGUCCCUCUUGACCUUUAACCUUGACCUGCUCUUCCAACACCACCACUUUGACCCCGCCUCCCCUGCUGACCCUCCGACCAAUCACAGCCCAGAUUUAACCAGCCCACCCAAUCAGGAGCUGGGCUUCGGGGUCUCUCCCUGGGGCCCGGUUCAAGGGCAUCGCCUGGAGAGUGUGUCAGAGCAUGAUGUAGGAAGGCCAGAAUCAUGUCCAUCCAAUCAGAACACAGCUCUCUCGAGCUUGGCCAAGCCGUUGGCCGGAGGGGUAGUCCAGUCAUCCUGUCGUGGCCCAGUGCCUGUCUCAGCAUUUGCCAGUAAGGGAGAGACAAGCCCUCAGCUUCAGUGGGUGCGGGAGAAAGACAUAGCGCCCCCUCCUGAGGAGAGUGAGUACAGCAGCCUGUCCCAGCAGGCAGGGCAGGUGCUCCAUCAGGGCUGGGGGGCAGUUGUCCGCUGGGGCGAGCGUUUAGGACACAACCUCAACUCUCUAGGAUCCUCCUCUGAAGACACUACCACAGGGACAUCCCCAGACUCCCGCAGAGGCCCAGACAUCCUCCGCUCCCAGCCCCAGGAGGAGGCCUCUUCCUGGGCUAACAGUGUGGCCGUGCCAUGGGGGCUAGAGAGGCUAUUCGGAGCCUCCAAGAAUUCCUGCAACCCUCCAGCGAACACCCCACAGGCUAGGCGUCCAUCUCAGUGGCUGGCUCCCAGCGUAUCUGUCCUCGCACGUAUGGUCAGCGGCAGCCAGCCCUCUCUGCCCGACAGGAUCCAUGUGGAGGCGAAGCAAGCGAAACCCGCCGAGAAAAAGAGAGAAGAAACUCAAGACAAACCAAAACCCACCAGGGCGGUGCGAACACUUUGUGACCAUUCGGGCUCGGGGACGGAGCUGACUUUCCAAAAGGGGGAGGAGCUCAUUGUGCUGGGAAGUGUGGACCAAGAUUGGAUUCGCUGUCGUCAAGGAGACAAGGAGGGCCUGGUGCCUAUUGGCUACACCUCUCUCAUCAUGUGACCUCUGACCUCUGUAAUGCCCUUCUGAUCAGUUAAGGUCAAAAAGGGGAAGACCCCAAAACAAAAAUAAAUAACAGAAAAAGGAUUGAAUAUGUAAUGUGACUUGAGUAGUAGCUUGUAGAUGUUUAGUGUUAAUCUCCUAUCCCAGUUGCCUGGUUUGUGAUGUGUAAGAUGUUUUAUUCUAAUGUUGGCAUUUGGCUUAAAUAAUGUCAAAAAACAUACUGUAUAAAUUAUACAUAUACAAAUAUACUAUAUGAAUAUAGACUGAUUUUCCAAGAUAGAUAGACAGAUAGAUAAACAAGAAAAAAAGUAGAGUUAAACAUUACCUCAUUGGUAUAUCAUUUAGAAAUAAUGUAAGAAUGGAAGAUACUGAUAACACAUAGCAAGUCCCUGAGACUAGAAAUAUAUGCUAGAUUUUUAAAAAAAGGCUAGACAUUUACAAAAAAGAUAAACUUUCAUUGGAAUGUAUUUGGCAAAGGCACAAAUCACUACCAAUUUAGAUAUUAGCCAGUGAAUGCAACCUCGACAUAUGCACAGAGUGAGCAAAAUGCAAUGCACUUAACACAUAAAAAUGGACAGACCCUUAAACGUCUGUCUGUGAAUACUUAAGGCAAUUCUUUCCCUCUCUUCUCUCUCUUUCUGAAAACAGACAAAAAAAUAUCUCGCUUGUUCCACUCCCUCUGAGGAAGCAACGUGUUUGUGGCCCUAUUGUAUGCUUGUUGAUCUGCUUAAUCUGCCAAAUCCCUCAAAUUAUUCAUCUAAAACCGUACUUAAUUAAGUAACUCAAUACAACACACUUGCUCCGGCAAGUUACUUAUCUAAAUGUGUCUUCCCCAAAGCAUCUGUCAUUGCAUCAUAUUAUUAAACUGUCAUUAUUGUUCCUAUCAGUAGAAGUAGUACUACAGGGUGGUGUGAUGGUCUGUCUUCAUGUUUAUUCUCAACAAUCUUUUAAUUAGUAUGAUUGUUUGAUAGCACUGUAGGCUUGGUAUUGAUGACUAUGCAUACGCUGUACUGUACGACAGGCUUAUGGAUUGAGUAGCCCUUUGUGUUCACGUUUUGAUCAUGGUGAUUUGAUGUCUUUUAUUAGUUCCAUUUGUUAGUUUUGAAUAUUUUCCGAUAAAGUGGUGAUGUCCGGAGCUGCAUGGCACAAUAUCGAGGUCCUGUCAUUCAUCAACCUUUGCACUGAGAAGAACAAGCUCACUGGGAGAACCCUUGGCUGCUCUGUUUGGACUCUAUAUAGAUCACACUUAAAGGUUCUGGUGUUUAUUCUCUGAAGCAUUUUAUAAAACAUCUUUGUGCUAUCCUUCUUAUAGCUCCUAAGCAGAACAUUAAUAGGAGGCUCUUGGUAGAACGUUGACUUAGUCAUUCCAACUUAAACCCCAUGCUGAAAAGUUCUUUGUGGAUCAUCACGUCAUCCAUAAAUGAACCCAUGAAACUGGAAGGGUCAUAGGUUGAGCUCUGGGAGCAUGGUGUGCGCUGUGCCUAAAGCACUCACGAGUACAACAGAUCGACUGUGAGGGCUGCGCUCAGCUUCUUCUACAAAUGGCAUCAGCUGGAUGUGCUGACAGCUGCUAGUCAAGCCCUCAUGCAGCACAACUGCCGUUCUCCUUCUCUCUCAGGCCUCCAUCUGCCUGCUCCAGGUCUGCUGCUGGUUCGCUCCUCUCUCUCCACAAUAGCCUGGGCUUUUUUUGUGGAGAGCUGCGCUGUGUGGAUCCAGUCCAUGCUAGCCUGGGUGCAUCUGAGGGUGUCCGCCACCUGUCGAGCUGAGCUCAGUGACGGCUCGAGGCCAGGUCUACCACUUUCAGGGCCACAGUAGAGGGGGAGUCAGGUUGGGGACUCUGAAAGACUCAGGAGGGCCUUCUGCUGGACAGGAAGGGACUCGGGAAUGCGCCAGACAAGCCGUGUAGAUGUUUGUGAUUUAGAGGUUGAGAUUUCUAUUGGAGCUCACCUUAGCUAGUUAGCUAUGGCUCUGAUUUUGCUCGAUACCCCAGAACUGCAGCAUGGUGCCAACAUGUCCAUACAGAUUCUUAUCUGUUUAUCUAAAAAUAUAAAAAUAAAGGAUAACAAAAUGAAUAAAUGUCAAGGACAGAAGAAACACAAAGUUCAAAUAGCUAGAUCAGACACCGGUGUGAUUGUGUAUGUGACACUAGUUUGUUUAUUUCUUGGUUGAAAUCUAUGCCUUUUCUUUGCAUUUCAGUGACAGACAAGAGGGUUUUGCAAUACGUGACAAUUAGACAACAACUGUGUCAGAUAUGCAUCCUUAUAAGUCCUGAGUUUCAGGCUAUCUGCAGUAGCUGUAUUCACGAUCAAGGAAAUGAGAAGGGGAAUGCUGAGGAGGAGUGGUGGAUCAGAGAGAACUGGCAUUCUUGUUGACGGUGAUGGGAAUACUGACAUUCUUGUUGAUGGAGAUAGGUAUAUUCUGGAUCACUUGAAAAACAUGUUCCAUUUGUCCUGUCACUGUAAUCAAUGUCAUACCAUCUUUUCCCCUGUGGAAUAUUGCAGAAUUUGGCACAAGAUUAGAAAAUGAAUAUCAGGAAUUAAUGUUUUUUUUAAAUUUGUUUUGUUCUUUUUCAUCAGUACAUAUAGAUAUAUAUGCUUAUGUGUGAAUAUGAUAUUUAUUUAAUGAAAAUUAGAUGUUUCAUAGUUUAUGUGAUUUCUGUAACUUGUGGAAGCCAUUUAGCUGUUUCUCUUUCGUUUAUCUUUCUCUCUAUCUAUCUGGUGUUGUGUGUAUGUGUGAGUAAGUGUGUGUGCCUGUGUGUGCCUGUCGGUGGGUGGUGUAGCUCUUUAUGGUAUAGCCCGCUAGUAGCACACUUAAUACAUAUGUACUAAGUCCUUGCAAAGUCACCCAAGUCAGUCAAGCUCCUUGCAUGUGCUUGUUUGUAAAUAUAUUCAAUAAACAAAUAAUAUAUAUUAAUCUCA